CUUCCUCCACUCGCCUAUAAAUAGCCUCCCUGUUGUCUCUGAUCUCAACACUCGACUCUCUAACUCUGUAGACAUUCAUCGUUGCAUGGUUUCCUCGAACCACAAAACAAUCCAUUUACAUUUCCACUUGAGAACACACCCAUACCUGGCCAGAAAAUAAAACAUGAUCGUUACAUCUUCUUCAAACCCAGCCCCUCAGGUGGGUACAUCUAAUUCUGCAAACCCGACCCCUCAGGUGGUUGCAGCCUCUUCAAACCCUCAGGUGGUUACAUCUUCUUCAAUAGCAACCCCUCAGGUGGGUACAUCUUCUGCAAUCCCGACCCCUGAGGUGGUUGCAGCCUCUUCAAACCCUCAGGUGGUUCCAUCUUCUUGGGGAGCAACCCCUGAUCAGGUGGGUACAUCUUCUGCAAACCCGACCCCUCAGGUGGGUACAUCUUCUGCAAACCGUCAGGUGGUUACAUCUUCUUCGAGAGCAACCCCUCAGGUGGAAGAUGAGAAGACGGUUUAUCUACCUGUUUUCGAAGUAGGGAACUAUGAAGCAUGGAGCAAGAAGAUGGUAGAUGUAUUAACUUCACAGCAUUUGUGGGAUAUAGUGCGAUGGGGGUAUGAGCUACCCAAAGAUACCACUGAUCUCGCAAAAUGGAAAAAUAGUCAGAAAGAUGGAUAUCGUGAAGCUCAGAACAAGAACGCAAAGGCCUGGAUGUUAAUUCAUCAAGCAGUUGGCGUGGAAAUAAUGGCCAAAGUGUUUGCUUCUGACGACUCCACCAAGAAAAUUACUGGCAUAUUAAAAAGUUUCGAUAAGAAGCGUUACGCGGACAAGCCGAACAUCGAAUUGAUUGGAGAAGUACUCAGAGAGCCACAUAUGGUGGAAGUAGCAGCAACGUCACACGAUGUUUGGAAGAUGUUGAAGACUUACUCAGACAAGCACAAGGAAAAUCAGAAGACAACGCCUGAAGAAUCUAAACCCGUACAAUUAAAGACGAGCCCCAUGGAUCUUCAUCUAGAGGAUACCACCAGAUCAAGCUUGUCCGUAUAUGCCAUGAGCGACAGUUGGGACAAAGUGAUUGAGACCUAUACAAGAAAAUCAGUAGCUCACUGUGCGAAAAUCACCAAUUCAGGCGACACAGCGUUACACAUAGCAGUUAUUGGUGGCAAAAAAACAACAGUGGAGCAACUAGUAAGCCUAAUGUCCUUCGAAGAAGCCGCUAAGGCUCUACGAGUAAAAAAUGAACGGGGAAAUACACCUCUCCAUCUGGCUGCUUUUGUGGGGAACGCCUCGUUGUGUGAUUGCCUUGCUAGUAAAAUUUAUUCGGACGAGGAGUUUCGGAAUUCAUCAAGAAACGAGCAAGACAAGAACAAUCAGAAUUCAUCGGAGAAGAUAGAAGCCGGGUAUGACAUAUUAGGCGAACGUAACAAUGAAAAAGAGACCCCAUUGUUCUUGGCUGCUGUCAUGGGUAAAACAGAUGCCUUUCUAUGUUUACACGGUCAUGUUCUUCCCAGUUACCGCAAAUCAUAUUACACAGGGAGCAAAUCAUAUUACACAGGGAAUAAGGGCGAUACCAUUCUCCACGUCGCCAUCUCUGGAGAAUAUUUCGAUCUAGCAUUCCAAAUAAUUCAUUUGUAUCCAAAACUUGUUGACAUGAAAAAUGAAAGAGGAAUGUCUCCGCUUCAUUGUUUAGCGAGUAGACAUGCAGCCUUCAAAAGUGGCGUCCACCUUCGUCCUUACCACAACAUCAUAUACCACUGUACAUUUGUUGAUCGACUAAAGUGGACAAAAGAUAAGGGCGAAGGAUAUAUAAAGCAAUCUGGCACCACAAAUCAGCCAUCCCAAAACGAGAACAAUAAUCGUUGUCCAGAUAACUAUCAGACAUGUUUUCACUUCUUUACAUCGAUGUACAGGGCUUUUAUUUGCAUUACAGGUAUACAACGACAAGUGAAACAAGGAGAACUCCUGCCAACUACAUCUCAGGCAUCCCAUGAUACUAACAAUGGCCUGUCUCCAAUCAAGAAAUCAAUUUCGUGGCUGAAGAAAGUUUUGGGAGAAGAUCAAGAGCAAGUGAACCUUCGAUCAUCUAGAGAAGGCAGAUUAGUUCCUCCAAAUUAUGAUACUAUCGUUGAAUUAUUGAAGCUUGGAUCGAAAGCAAUGUUGGUCAUUCUUGGAUUAGGAUCAAUGGAGAUAAGAAAGAUACGACUGAAGAAAGAGAAGCACACAUGGUCUGUUCAGGUAAUGAACGAGCUUCUUCGAGAGGGUAAGUUGUACAAGUUCGAGAGCAGUGAGAUAAGUGGGAGCCCCAAGCUACGGUCUGAGUUAUCCGACUCCGUUGCAAUUAAACAGUUUGAAGGCAGUGAGAAAGGGGAGCCCGCAUCUUCUAAUAAAUUGGAAAAGAUAUCAUCAGGGGAGCCCGCAUCUUCUAAUAAAUUGGAAAAGCCAGAGACACCCCUAUUAAUUGCGGCAAGGAAUGGCAUCACUGAAAUCAUGGAGAAAAUCUUACAUGAUUUUCCUCAUGCGGUUCACGACGAAGACAAGCAUAAGAAGAAUGUGGUGCUGUUGGCAGUGCAAUAUAGGCAACCACAUGUUUAUCAGUUCUUGCUAAAGAGAAGGAAGAAAAACAAGGAACUAGACAGGAUCUUUCUCCAGUUUGAUGACCAGGGAAAUAGCGCAAGGCAUCUUGCAGCUGCCACGAUUGGAGAUUAUAAGCCUUGGCGCAUUCCAGGAGCUGCUUUACAAUUGCAAUGGGAAAUCAAAUGGUAUAAGUAUGUUAAGAAGUCCAUGCCACAAAACUUCUUUCGUCGCCUUAACUAUAGAAGCGAGACCCCGAAGGAAAUAUUCAACAAGUCACACCAAGAACUUGUUAAAAGUGGAGGCGCGUGGCUAACCAACACAUCCCAAUCCUGCUCCGUGGUGGCAGCCCUCAUUGCCACUGUCGCCUUCGCAACAUCAGCCAACGUCCCUGGCGGAAACGCGGAACAAACUGGCACUCCAUUCUUCGAAAACCAUAUUGCAUUCAAAGUAUUUGCUGUCUCAUCUCUCGUGGCUCUCUGCUUCUCAAUCACUUCCGUGAUCAUGUUUCUUGCAAUACUAACUUCUAGGUACGAAGCCAAGGAUUUUGGCGAAGAUUUGCCAACAAAAGUUUUGCUUGGUUUAACAUCGUUGUUUGUGUCCAUAGCUGCCAUAUUGUUAUGUUUUUGUGCGGGGCAUUUCUUCGUGCUUAGUGAUGAACUGAAGUUCGCAGCUUUUCCGCUGUAUGGAGUGACUUGCCUGCCGGUGACUUUUUUUGCUAUAGCACAGUUUCCAUUGUACAUUGAUCUUAUAAAGGCUACAUUGGCAACGGUGCCACAACGUAGGUAUGUGGUGGAUCCCGCUGAAAGGGACACUCAUUCCUCCCCCAAGAGUGACAACUCAAAUCAACCUUCAAGUCACAAAUCUCUACCGGAUCAAGGAAAUGGAGGCUAACCUUCAACAAAGCAAUCAACUGGAGACAAAACUACUCCGAAUCAAGAAACAAAUCAAGGCACUCAAAGCAUACCCUGAUCCUCUAUAUUCACUUACCAAACCUUUAUUGUUUGAUUUAUGGGUGCACAUUGCUUGUUAUUUCGGCCCUUUAUUUUCUUUCAGGUUUGAAUUUUACCUUUCUUGAUUUUGAGUUUUUUUUAUGGUUUUGGAUUUUUAUCUGUUUAAUUUCUUUGUUUGGAUUUGAUCAAAAUUACCUAUAAUCUUGAACGCGAGAAGUUUUCAUUUUUAAUAAUUCAUUUUGAUA